UACAUUAAUAUCUAUACUUGUAGUAUUAUAAUUGUCAGAAAUGCGUCAAAGUUAUUACGAAAUAUUUGUUUAAAGAGAUUUUUUUUUUAAUAACAUAAUUCGACAAAGCAAUCUAUAAAUUUAGAAAAAUGUUUAAACUACUCAGUCGCCAUGGACGUCGCAGUGCCCUCGUUAAUUUGUUCGGUGAAAAAGUUGAGGUUAGGCCGGUAAAGGUUUAUUACGUUUAUUCCUCAGCUGGUUCUUAUAGAUUCGCUUCUACUAACAAUGUAGAUCCAAAAAAAGUAACUACUUUAUCGGAGAAUAUACCAGAACCGCCUCCAGUGCCUGAUAUACCGACUGCUGGCGAGAUUACGGAGGCGGUGCAAUCUUUAAGCGCUAAUGGUGAGCCAACUUUUGCUAGUUUGGGUCUUGGAGGAUGGAGUCCCGUUGGAUUAGUACAAAAUGCGUUAGAAUAUCUCCACGUAUCCUUGGAUAUACCUUGGUGGGGAGCUAUUCUAAUUGGUACAAUAGUUGUAAGAGUGGCCAUGUUUCCACUUGUCAUUUUAUCACAAAGAAACACAGCAGCUAUGAAUAAUAAUUUGCCUGAAAUACAAUUAUUACAACUUAAGAUGACACAGGCACGGCAAUCUGGAAAUCAGUUGGAGACUGCACGUUAUGCUCAAGAGAUGAUGAUGUUUAUGAAAGAAAAAGGUUUGAACCCUUUGAAAAAUAUGAUUGUACCAUUAGCCCAAGCGCCAUUGUUUAUUUCCUUCUUUAUGGGUCUAAGAGGAAUGGCGAAUUGCCCAGUUGACAGCAUGUCACAUGGAGGUUUGUGGUGGUUUACAGAUUUAACAGUUCCUGAUCAGUUCUUUUUACUACCUAUUAUAACAAGUGCCACAUUGUAUGCCACAAUUGAACUUGGAGUGGAUGGUGGUAAACUCAAUGCUUCAAAUAUGCAUUUAAUGAGAUAUUUCCUUCGUGCAGUCCCAAUUGUGAUGAUACCCUUUACUGUAAACUUUCCUGGUGCUAUUUUGGUAUAUUGGUGUUCAAGUAAUUUCAUUUCUCUAUUACAAGUGGGUCUGCUCAAAGUGCCAAAAGUCAGAGAUUAUUUUAAAAUACCAAAGUUAAUACACCACUCAGCAGAUAAUCUUCCUAUUAAAAAGAAGGGUUUUGUUGAAGGAGCAAAAGAAUCUUGGACAAAUAUAAAGAUUUCACGAGAUUUAGCUGACCGACAAAGAGUAGACGAGUUAAUUUUUACAAAAGCAGGUAAAGGACCACUGCAGAAAACAUAUAAAUAUGAUCCUACUAAGUUAUCAAAUGUUCAAGCAAAAAAUAAGUAGCAUUUUAAUUUAAUUAAUUAUGUAGAUUUAUAAAUAAUAAAAUUAUGUUUCCAAAGC